AUGGACAUUGCCAUCAAGGAGUGUGCACAUGUCUUCCAAGGGAUAAGCUCCCUGGUCGACAUCGGUGGAGGGCUCGGCGCGGCUGCGCAGGCUAUCUCAGCGGCCUUCCCGAGUGUGAAAUGCAGCGUGCUAGAGCUCGACCACGUCGUCAGCAAGGCUCCCAGUGACACUCAAGUGCACUACAUAGGUGGCGACAUGUUUGAGUCUGUACCACCGGCAAAUGCCAUGUUCCUGAAGUGGGUUCUGCAUGACUGGGGCCACGAGGAGUGUGUCAAGAUACUGAAAAACUGCAGGAAGGCUGUUCCUCCAAGAGAAGAAGGGGGGAAGGUGAUAAUCAUAGAUAUUGUGGUUGGGGCAGGACAAUCGGACUCGAGGCACAAAGAGAUGCAAGCCUUGUUCGACCUAUAUAUCAUGGUCGUCAAUGGCAUGGAGCGAGAUGAGCAGGAGUGGAAGAAAAUCUUCUUGGAAGCUGGAUUCAGCGACUACAAAAUAACACCAGUUCAAGGUGUCCGAUCGAUCAUCGAGGUUUACCCUUGA